GACACCUCCACACACAGAGGGAGAGAGAGAUCCGUUAAGCAGAACAAACUUAUGCUAUGGCGAGCUCAGAUCCAAGUACGUCAUCGGGAAGCGAGUACCAAGUGUUCCUAAGCUUCAGAGGACCCGACACUCGCGUCGGAUUCACCGACUUCCUCUUCCACAGCUUGACCGAUGCUGGAAUAUGCGUCUUUCGAGAUGAUGAAGAGCUCCAUGUUGGUGAAAGGAUCGAUGGAUCGCUCCAGCGAGCGAUCAACAAUUCCAGGAUCUACAUACCUAUCUUCUCUCGGACCUACGCUUCGAGCCAAUGGUGUCUCCGCGAGCUUGCGCAGAUUGUGGCAAACACUUCCAAAUCGGAAGGUAAAAAAGAGAUCCUUCCUAUUUUCUUCGAUGUGGAGCCUGACGAUGUUAAGCUAAAAACUCCAUUGUAUCGCGAUGCCAUAUUCAAUUUGGAACGCGAGAAGAAGUUGAGCAAUGGGCAAGUAGAUGCAUGGAGAGAGGCUCUCAUGGAGGUUGAUGCUAUAAAAGGGUGGGAAGUGAAGAAGUACAAAGGCUACACCGAUGUGAUUAACUUAGUAGUUGAGGAGGUCGUGCAAAAGCUGAAGACAAAACAUAGAUUGGUUACUGGACAUUUAGUUGGAAUUGGUGACCGAGUUGCCGCAGUAACCGAAUUGUUAGACGUCGACUCUUACAGUGUGCGGCUCAUUGGAAUUCAUGGCAUGGGGGGUAUCGGUAAAACGACUCUCGCCAAAAUCGUCUUCAACCAACUCUCUUCUCAUUAUGGAAAGUGUUGCUGUUUCCUUGAAGAUGUUGGAGCGAAUUCAUUAAGAGCUGAUGGUUUAGUUGAGUUGCAAAAAAAGUUAUUAUCCGAAAUCGGUCAUCCUAGAGUAGCAAGAAGCAUUGACGGAAUUGAUUAUGGGACAAAGAGAAUUGGAGAAGUACUUAGCAAUAAGAAAGUUCUCAUUGUAUUUGAUGAUGUUGCUAAUAGUGAUCAAGUGCUGAAAUUAGUUGGAGGGAGUACUCUGCACCCAGGAUCUCGAAUAUUGAUUACAACUAGAAAUAAAGAUGUUAUGCGAAUCAAUGGACCAAACUAUCGAAUCUUGGAAUAUGAAAUGGACGUGAUGAGUAGUGAUCAUGCGCUGGAGCUUUUCAGUAGUCAUGCAUUUAACGGAGACUCCCCGUUAGAUGAUUACAAGAAUCUUUCAAGGAAAAUCGUAGCUGCUACUGGGAGACUUCCGUUGGCCCUUGAAGUAAUAGGUUCAUUCCUCUUUGGCAAAAGGCAACAAAUAUGGAGAGAGACAUUAGAGCAGUUAAGCAAAACACCUCCCGAUGAUGUUUUUGAAAAGUUGAAGAUUAGCUAUGAUGCAUUGAGUUAUAAGCAACAACAAAUUUUCCUCGAUAUUGCAUGCUUUUUCAUUGGUCAGCAUACUAUGCAUGCAAUUUACAUGUGGAAAAAUUGUGAUUUUUUCCCAGAUAUUGGAGUUGAUGUCCUUAUUAGCAUGUCAUUGGUAAAGAUUGUGGAAAAUAAGUUUUGGAUGCACGACCAACUUAGAGAUUUUGGAAGAGAAAUAGUUCGUCGUGAAAAACCAGGAAAUCCUGGAGAGUGGAGUAGGAUAUGGACUGAUGAUGACGUCUUCAAAGCAAUGAGAACAAAGGAGAUGAAGAACAACGUCCAAGCAUUGACUCUUGACUUACGCAAAAGUGAUAAUAAGACAAUCACAAGUGAGGAGAUAGGAAGGUUUCAACAUCUACGGUACCUCGGAUUGAGUGGGGGAACCUUUCGUGGUAACUUAGCAAUGAGCCUUACCAAUAUGAGCUGGAUUUUUUGGAGUAAUCCUCCUCGUCGGUUGUUUUUCAAGCCAACCAAUAUGCGCUUAAAUAAUGUGGUAGUUCUUGAAUUUUCACGCAAUGCCUUCAUAGAUAAUUCGAAACUACAGAGCUUAAUCAAGAUGGCAAGAAAAUUGAAAGUUCUUUCUCUUAAUGGAUGUCAUGGCAUAAAGAGAACGCCGGACUUCUCCGGAUGCCCAAAUUUAGAGAGGCUUAAUUUUGAAGGAUGUUCCAAUUUAAGGAAACUUGAUGGCUCUAUUGGGAUGUUGAAGUCUUUGAUUGACUUGAAGAUUAGAGCUUGCUGUUCUCUUGGAAAUUUGCCUGAAGAAAUCGGGAACCUAGUGAAUCCGAAGCACUUCUUGGUCAAGGAUUGUCCGGUGGAGAAACUACCAGAUUCCAUAUGGAAGUUGAAAUCAUUAUGUGAGUUGCACUUUGACAAUGGCAAUACUAGAGUACGUUCGGCAAAUUCUUGGGAGUUACCUAGUGCAGUAAUGCUUGAGAAACUAGAAGUGCUUCGAAUCCGUAGUCACAAUUUAAAAGGUCGACUUCCUUCGGCAAUCGGAAAUUUGCUCUUUCUAAGAGUCCUACGGUUGUUACACACUUGCAUCGGUGAAGUUCCAGAGACAGUUAGUAUGCUUCCUUGCCUGCAAACGCUUGAGCUAAUAGAUUGUGACGAGAUUCAAGAGCUGCCGAUGCUUCCCACAAGUUUAAACAAUCUACGAGUGUCAUCUAAAUCAUUGCGAGUAGUCCCGCACCUCUCGAAUCUGACUAAUUUGGUUAUGUUGGACCUUGAUGAUGGCUCCCGUCGGAAACGGGGAGGUAAAAUUUGCAAUGGUGAUUUAGUGGGAAUGGGGAAGUUAUCCAAACUGAACAAGUUGAAAUUGGAACUUCUCAAUGUCCUUGCUUCGGCUGAGUUAGCUUCCCUUUCUCAGUUAAACGAACUUUAUUUGUCUGGUUUGGAUAUGCGAACGCUCACGCAACUUCCAUCGUCUCUGUUAAAGUUACAGCUGGAUAAGUUCAAUUCAACCGUCUCACUCUCAUCCAGAUUAGAAAACUUGUCAAGUUUAGAGCUCACAUCGUCUCAAGUGCAAGAAAUUAACCUCAACGGCCUUCAACUUCAAAAUUUAGAAGAGUUGAUUUUGGAAGGCAGCGAACCCCUCGAGAGACUCGAGCUAUCAAACUUGAGGAAGCUCAAAACCGUGAGAGUAUCAUAUUGCCCAAAGCUUGUUGAGAUCCAAUUUGUUGGGGCGUUUGAAUCAUUGGAGAAAUUUUCUAUCUGGAUGUGCAAGUCCUUGGGAAGAUUAGGGUACGCAGGUGAAGCAGAGUCUGCUGAUGAGUUGACUAUAGAGGAAGGGAGACUAAUUCUUCCGUCGAGGGUAUUUUGUAAGUUGAGAAUGUUCGAGCUUGGUGGUUGCCCAAAGAUACUCCAAAUUCAAGUACUCGGUACAUCAGAAUUGUGGAAAGAAUUUUGGGUAGCGGAUUGUCGUCUCUUGCAUAGUGUUCAGGGUUUAUCAAACUUAAAGAAGCUUAAGCGGUUAGACAUCUGGGACUGCGAUGGUCUACAGAUUGUCGAGGGCCUUGACGAGUUAGAGGCUUUGAAUCACUUGAACAUUAAUGACUGCUCAUCAUUGGAAACGUGGAUUGAUGUAUCAACUACCAAAUUGCCAAAUGAUUGCUGCAUCGAGAUCCCUCACAUCCCUCACCGUAGAUCUAAGACAUAUUUCGAAGGCUCCGUCCAAUCUUACAAGCAUUAUAAGGAGUCGCACUCUCAUCGGACGUUUCGAAGACAGCUCAUGUCACAUGUAAGCAUGAAAUCGUCUCUCAAUCCACAAAUUCCAGAAGCUUCUCUACCACUGGUCGACGCCGGAAUCCACCAUCUCCGAUCAGGAGCAUUUACCAGUCACUUGCUUGCCAUUACCAGUCACUUGCCACCGGAGAUGCAGAUUCACAGAACCGAGAACCAUCCACACGGAACACAAGCUGGAAGCGGGAACCAUUCACCUGAGUUGCUGACUAAUUUUCUGAGGCCGGUCCCGAGCAACCACCAUGACAUCGCCAGUUCACCAUUUCGAAGUCGCGCCCCACCAAUAACAGCUCGUGAUGGAAGCACUCUUGCUUGGAUUGGAAUAGGUGCGUCAAUGUUGCAGUUGGAUCUCUUGUCUGGAUUGAUCACCCCAUGUUUGAUGAAAUGCCUGAAUGGGAUCAGCAUGAAUAUAGCUUCGAAUCUGACCGAGUUCAUCUUAUCUGCUUGA